CCCAGCCGGCUCCCCGCGGCCCCGGAGGUUUCACUGCACAACAAGAUGGCGGCAGCGGCGGCGAGCGGAGCUGGCGGGGCUGCGGUGGCCGGAGCUGGGGGAUCCGGGCCGGCGGGCCGCCUGCUGCCUCCGCCCGCCCCGGGGCCCCCGGCCGCCCCGGCUGCCGUGCCCCCAGCGGCCGGCCCGCCGCGUCCCGCAGCCCCGGCCUCCCGCGGGCCGAUGCCGGCUCGCAUCGGCUACUACGAGAUCGACCGCACCAUCGGCAAGGGCAACUUCGCUGUGGUCAAGCGGGCCACGCACCUCGUCACCAAGGCCAAGGUUGCUAUCAAGAUCAUAGAUAAGACCCAGCUGGAUGAAGAAAAUUUAAAGAAGAUUUUCCGGGAAGUUCAAAUUAUGAAGAUGCUUUGCCACCCCCAUAUCAUCAGGCUCUACCAGGUUAUGGAAACAGAACGGAUGAUUUAUCUGGUGACAGAAUAUGCUAGUGGAGGGGAAAUAUUUGACCACCUGGUGGCCCAUGGUAGAAUGGCAGAAAAGGAGGCCCGUCGGAAGUUCAAACAGAUCGUCACAGCUGUGUAUUUUUGUCACUGUCGGAACAUUGUCCAUCGUGAUUUAAAAGCUGAAAAUUUGCUUCUGGAUGCCAAUCUGAAUAUCAAAAUAGCAGAUUUCGGCUUCAGUAACCUCUUCACUCCUGGGCAGCUGCUGAAGACCUGGUGUGGCAGUCCUCCCUAUGCUGCACCAGAACUCUUUGAAGGAAAGGAGUAUGAUGGGCCCAAAGUGGACAUCUGGAGUCUUGGAGUCGUCCUCUAUGUGCUUGUGUGCGGUGCCCUACCAUUUGAUGGGAGCACACUGCAGAAUCUGCGGGCCCGGGUGCUGAGUGGAAAGUUCCGCAUCCCAUUUUUUAUGUCCACAGAAUGUGAGCACUUGAUCCGUCACAUGUUGGUGUUAGACCCGAAUAAGCGCCUCUCAAUGGAGCAGAUCUGUAAGCACAAGUGGAUGAAGCUAGGGGAUGCUGAUCCCAACUUCGACAGGUUAAUAGCCGAAUGCCAGCAACUGAAGGAAGAAAGACAGAUGGACCCUCUGAAUGACGACGUCCUCUUGGCCAUGGAAGACAUGGGACUAGACAAAGAGCGGACACUACAGUCAUUAAGAUCAGAUGCCUAUGAUCACUAUAGUGCAAUCUACAGCCUGCUGUGUGAUCGACAUAAGAGACAUAAAACCCUGCGUCUCGGAGCACUUCCUAGCAUGCCCCGAGCCAUGGCAUUUCAAGCACCAGUCAAUAUCCAGGCGGAGCAGGCAGGUACCGCUAUGAACAUCAGCGUCCCCCAGGUACAACUGAUCAACCCAGAGAACCAAAUCGUGGAGCCGGAUGGGGCAGUGAACUUGGACAGUGAUGAGGGUGAAGAACCUUCCCCUGAAGCGUUGGUCCGCUAUUUGUCAAUGAGGAGGCACACAGUGGGUGUGGCUGACCCACGCACGGAAGUUAUGGAAGAUCUGCAGAAGCUCCUUCCUGGCUUUCCUGGAGUCACUCCUCAGGCUCCAUUCCUGCAGGUGGCCCCUAACAUGAACUUCAUGCACAACCUCUUGCCCAUGCAAAAUUUGCAGCCAACCGGGCAGCUUGAGUACAAGGAGCAGUCUCUGUUACAGCCACCCACCCUACAGCUGCUGAAUGGAAUGGGCCCCCUUGGCCGGAGGGCAUCAGAUGGAGGAGCCAACAUCCAACUGCAUGCCCAACAGCUGCUGAAGCGCCCACGGGGACCCUCCCCACUUGUCACCAUGACACCAGCAGUGCCAGCAGUUACCCCUGUGGACGAGGAGAGCUCGGAUGGGGAGCCAGAUCAGGAAGCUGUGCAGAGGUACUUGGCAAAUAGGUCCAAAAGACAUACACUGGCCAUGACCAACCCUACAGCUGAGAUCCCACCGGACCUACAACGGCAGCUAGGACAGCAGCCUUUCCGUUCCCGGGUCUGGCCUCCUCACCUGGUACCUGAUCAGCAUCGCUCUACCUACAAGGACUCCAACACCCUGCACCUCCCCACGGAGCGUUUCUCCCCUGUGCGCCGGUUCUCAGAUGGGGCUGCAAGCAUCCAGGCCUUCAAAGCUCACCUGGAAAAAAUGGGCAACAACAGCAGCAUCAAACAGUUGCAGCAGGAGUGUGAGCAGCUGCAGAAGAUGUACGGGGGGCAGAUUGAUGAAAGAACCCUGGAGAAGACCCAGCAGCAACAUAUGCUGUACCAGCAGGAGCAGCACCAUCAAAUUCUCCAGCAGCAAAUUCAAGACUCUAUCUGUCCUCCUCAACCUUCCCCACCUCUUCAGGCUGCGUGUGAAAAUCAACCAGCCCUCCUCACCCACCAGCUCCAGAGGUUAAGGAUUCAACCUUCAAGUCCACCCCCCAACCACCCCAACAACCAUCUCUUCAGGCAACCGAGUAAUAGUCCUCCCCCCAUGAACAAUGCCAUGAUCCAGUCACACGGUGCUGCCUCUGCCUCCCAGUUCCAAGGCUUACCCUCCCGCAGUGCAAUCUUCCAGCCCCAGCCCGAGAACUGUUCCCCUCCUCCUAAUGUGGCACUAACCUGCUUGGGCAUGCAGCAGCCUACCCAGUCACAGCAGGUGACCAUCCAAGUACAAGAGCCAGUUGAUAUGCUCAGCAACAUGCCAGGGACAGCUGCAGGCUCUGCCGGGCGGGGCAUCUCGAUCAGCCCCAGUGCCAGUCAGAUUCAGAUGCAGCACCGCACCAACCUGAUGGCCACCUUCAGCUAUGGGCACCGACCCUUGUCCAAGCAGCUGAGUGCUGACAGCGCAGAGGCCCACAGCUUGAACGUGAAUCGGUUCUCCCCUGCUAACUACGACCAGGCGCAGUUACACCCCCACCUGUUUUCGGACCAGUCCCGGGGUUCCCCCAGCAACUACAGCCCUUCUACAGGAGUGGGAUUCCCUCCAACCCAAGCCCUGAAAGUCCCUCCACUUGACCAAUUCCCCACCUUCCCUCCCAGUGCACAUCAGCAAGCGCCACACUAUACUACAUCGGCACUACAGCAGGCCCUGCUGUCCCCCACGCCGCCAGACUACACCAGACACCAGCAGGUACCCCACAUCCUUCAAGGACUGCUCUCUCCCCGGCAUUCGCUCACCGGCCACUCGGACAUUCGGUUGCCCCCAGCAGAGUUUGCACAGCUCAUUAAAAGGCGGCAGCAGCAGCAGCAACAGCAGCAACAACAACAGCAGCAAGAGUACCAAGAGUUGUUCAGGCACAUGAACCAAGGGGAUGCUGGGAGCAUGGCUCCCAGCCUCGGGGGACAGAGUAUGACAGAGUGCCAGGCUUUAUCUUAUCAAAAUGCUGACUCUUAUCACCACCACCACAACAGCCCCCAGCAUCUUCUACAAAUUAGGGCACAAGAAUGUAUCUCACAGGUGUCCUCACCCACCCCGUCCCAUGGGUAUGCUCAUCAGCCAGCAAUAAUGCAUUCAGAGAGCAUGGAAGAGGACUGCACAUGUGAGGGGGCCAAGGAGGGCUUUCUGGACAGCAGGAGUUCAAAUACAUUGACCAAAGGUUGCCACGACAGCCCCCUGCUCUUGAGUACCGGUGGACCUGGGGACCCUGAAUCUUUGCUAGGAACUGUGAGUCAUGCCCAGGAAUUGGGAAUACAUCCCUAUGGACAUCAGCCGACUGCUGCGUUCAGUAGAAAUAAGGUGCCCAGCCGAGAGUCUGUCAUAGGGAACUGCAUGGAUAGAAGUCCUCCAGGACAAGCUCUGGAGCUGCCAGAUCACAAUGGGCUUGGGUAUCCAGCACGGCCCUCAGUCAGUGAGCACCACAGGCCCCGGACCCUCCAGAGACAUCACACGAUCCAGAACAGUGACGAUGCUUAUGUACAGCUGGAUAACUUGCCAGGAAUGAGUCUUGUGGCUGGGAAAGCACUUAGUUCUGCUCGGAUGUCAGAUGCAGUGCUCAGUCAGUCUUCGCUCAUGGGCAGCCAGCAGUUUCAGGAUGGGGAAAACGAAGAAUGUGGGGUGAGUCUGGGAGGUCACGAGCACGCCGACCUGGGUGAUGGCAGCCAGCAUUUAAACUCCUCUUGCUAUCCAUCUACGUGUAUUACAGACAUUCUGCUCAGCUACAAGCACCCCGAGGUCUCCUUCAGCAUGGAGCAGGCAGGCGUCUAACACGCAAUGGAAAGUUUGUGUACAGCUUGGGAAUGAGAAGUUUGACUUUAAACCAACAGUAUCUAGCAGCGUUGCGCCAAAUUGCCAUUGUGUUUCUCUCCACCCAGAAUAUCAUGGCUCCUUUCCUCACAUUUGGUUCAUCAGUGUGCUAUUCUUUUGGGUUCUGAGGGGGUUUUGCCAUGUUUGCUUAUAUGACCAAGUCACCAAGGAAAUAAACAGGAAAUCCAUGUUGUCCAUCUUUUGUGAAAGUGUAUUUGGUGUAUUUGAGUUGGGAGGGAUGUUUUUGUUUUACUUGGGGGUUUGUUUGUGCUUUUUUGGUUGGUUUCGUUUUCGGUAUUUUCUUCUGGAGGUGAUUUUCUUUCUCUUUUUCUGGUCCUUCUGGAUCUUUCUUUCUUGUUUUUUGUCUAUGUUUUUUGUAUAUUUCUUCCUUUUCAUUUCUGAGACAGGAGAGCCAGCAGUUAGAGUUCAGGGGCCAGGGCCUUAGGCCACUCCCCUCGCAGGCUUCAUCGAGAGCACCCUCCCUUGCUCCACAUUGCUCUUCCACGGGAGCAAAUGUAAAGGGAGAGCAUCUCUAGAAUCUCAGUGGCAGAGAAGGGAGAGGGAAGGGGUGAUGGCCUCUGGCCCUUGGAGAACAAAAAGAGCAAAAAAUAAGAAGAGUGGGAAACACCAGGCCUGGACCUGGAGGUCUCUGCUGGUGGAUCUGCUGAAAAUGCACCUGACCUGCACAGAGGCUACGAGUGACCUGGUGGCAUUUGGUCGCCAGCAGGGAGGUCUCAGCUUGAGCCUCUUUUUGGUAUAUAACUCAGCUCCCCUCUGGCAACCUGCAAAGUUGAUCGCCAUUCCCACCCUGCUGGUUCUGCCCAUGAACUGAACGCCCAUCAGUGGUGCACUCUGCUUUGUGCGUCUUUUCUUUCUCAUUUUAUAUUGUGUUAUGAAAAGGAUUGUUUUUCCAUUUGUGUGUGUGUGUGUGUGUGUGUGUGUGUGUGUUUCCCUUCCAGCCUCUUUGUCACAGGCAAGAAGAAUAGGAGGUUGUCUUGGGUCCUGCCUGUCUCUCAACCUCCUCCUCCCCAGGCAUCCUCAGCCCCUAUAUUUUAAUUCUUAAUCAUGUAGGAAUUGUUUUUGGUAAAUGUUGAUAUUAUUGUUAUUAUUA